GCAGGUGUGGUGGAGGGGAACAUGGCUGCUGUCGAGGCCUACAAGUCGACCGGCGGUGACAUCGCCCGUCAGCUGACUUCAGACGAGGUCCGCCUCCUGAACCGCGCCACUGCCUUCAACGACGGCUUUACGCUAGUUCACCUGGCCAUCCGCUUCCAGAGACAAGACAUGUUGGCUAUCCUUCUCACUGAGGUGUCCCAGCAGGCAGCUAAGUGUAUCCCUGCCAUGGUGUGUGGUGAGCUGACAGAACAGAUCCAGGAGAUCGCUGCCUCUCUGCACCAACGUAAAGGAGACUUCAACUGUUACUUCCUCUCUGACCUGGUGACCUUCACACUGCCCGCAGACAUCGAAGACCUGCCCACUGCAGUCCAGGAGAAGCUGUUUGACGAGGUGUUAGAUCGAGAUGUACAGAAAGAGCUAGAGGAGGAGUCUCCCAUCAUCAACUGGUCCUUGGAGCUGGGUACCAGGCUGGACAGCAGACUGUAUGCCCUGUGGAACCGUACACAGGGAGACUGCCUGUUAGACUCAGUACUGCAGGCCACCUGGGGGAUAUACGACAAGGACUCUGUCCUCCGCAAGACCCUCCACGACAGCCUGCAUGACUGCUCUCACUGGUUCUACACCCGGUGGAAGGAGUGGGAGUCGUGGUAUUCUCAGAGCUUUGGUCUCCACUUCUCCCUCCGAGAAGAACAGUGGCAGGAGGACUGGGCCUUUAUACUCUCUCUGGCCAGCCAGCCUGGUGCCAGCCUGGAACAGACUCACAUCUUUGUUCUAGCACACAUUCUUCGUCGACCAAUCAUUGUGUACGGAGUGAAGUAUUACAAGAGUUUCCGUGGAGAGACGUUGGGCUACACUCGUUUCCAAGGUGUGUACUUGCCCCUGUUGUGGGAGCAGAGCUUCUGUUGGAAGAGUCCCAUCGCCCUGGGUUACACACGCGGACACUUCUCUGCCCUGGUCGCCAUGGAGAACGACGGCUACGACAAUCGCGGCGCGGGCGCCAACCUCAACACUGACGAUGACGUCACCGUAACCUUCCUGCCGCUGGUGGACAGCGAGAGAAAACUGCUGCACGUACAUUUCCUGUCUGCACAAGAGAUGGGUAACGAGGAGCAGCAGGAGAAGUUGUUGAGGGAGUGGCUGGACUGCUGUGUAACGGAGGGAGGCAUGUUGGCCGCAAUGCAAAAGUCGUCCCGUCGACGCAACCACCCACUGGUCACACAAAUGGUGGAGACCUGGCUGGAUGGAUACCGACAGAUCUGUCCUUGCGCCUCUCUCUCCGACGGGGAGGAGGAGGAGGAGGAGGAGGAAGAUGAGUGAAGGAGGGAAGGACACAGUGACACAGACACAGGAGAGGGUGACCAAGAGGAGGAUGUGGCGUCACUGGAUGGGACUCGAGACCACUAGCAUCCUUCAUACGGCACCAUACGCCUCCUCACCUCAAGAGAGAGAAUCCACGGUCUUCUGCGCUGCCGUCUGAGGCUGUAUCCCAAAGCACAUAGGGUUCUGGUCAAAAGAGUAGUGCGCACUAUAUAGGAGAAUAGGUUUGCAUUUGGGAUGCAGGCGGAGCGAUCAAUGGUCUUUCACUCUGCCGUCUCAGAAGCACUGAAGAGAGGAGACCUGCUCUGGUUCUGAAAGAACUCUUGGAACACGUUCUAGAAUCUCCUCAACAAAACCAUGGCAACAACAAUGGG